AUGGCAGGCGACAGCGAGACAAAGCCAGGUGACCAAGCCGAAAAUGAGAACAAUAAUCGGCAGCCUUUCCUUAUUGGCGUGGCUGGAGGGACAGCCAGCGGCAAGUCGUCGGUGUGCAGCAAGAUCAUGGAGCUGCUGGGGCAGAACGAGAUCGACCACCACCAGCGGCAAGUGGCCAUCCUCAGCCAGGAUAGCUUCUACAGGGUCCUCACAACAGAACAGAAGGCCAAGGCACUCAAGGGCCAGUUCAACUUUGACCACCCAGAUGCAUUUGACAACGACCUCAUAAUUGCGACUCUGUGGGACAUCAAGGAGGGCAAAACAGUGCACAUCCCAGUUUAUGACUUUGUUACACAUUCCAGGAAGGAAGAGACGGUGACAGUCUACCCCGCCGAUGUGGUACUGUUUGAGGGCAUCUUGAUGUUUUACGCCCAAGACAUUCGAGACCUUUUCCAAAUGAAGUUGUUCGUGGACACUGAUGCAGACACGAGGCUAUCACGCAGAGUUCUGCGUGAUAUUAGUGAACGUGGUCGGGACUUGGAAAGCAUUCUAGCACAGUACAUUACUUUCGUCAAGCCUGCAUUUGAGGAGUUCUGUCUACCAACAAAGAAAUACGCAGAUGUGAUCAUACCAAGAGGAGCUGAUAACCUUGUUGCCAUAAAUCUAAUAGUUCAACACAUCCAGGAUAUUCUAACUGGCGGUUUGACCAAACGGCUGAACGGCUGGUUUAAGAACUAUGGAAUGACGAAGAAGCAGCCAAACAUGGAGUCCAGCAGUCGGCCCCACUGAGCACAGCAC